UUCUUCUUUAGGUUUCAGAGGAGUGUGUUGGAUCUCUCUUUACAGUGGAGAUUUGCCAGACUGCCCAACAAUGCCAAGCUGGAGAUGGUGCCAGUCUCUCUUAAUAGAGUGGGAGGUGGAAACACGGUUCGGGUUGCAUUACAAUUGGAUGAUGGCUCCCGUUUACAAGACACCUUUCUCUGUCGACAGACUUUGUGGGAACUUCUCAACCAUUUUGCAAAGAUCAGGGAGUUUAUGGAACAGCAUGGUGAAUUCUCUCCAGUGUGCAUUUACAUGCGAGACGAGAUACCAGGAAAAGAUGCCCUAGAGAAGACAACACUGAAGUCACUUGGCCUGACUGGAGGCAGUGCCAUCAUCAGAGUUGUCAUGAAGAAGUGCAGUUCAUCUGGUCGGGAGGAAGCUGUGGGUGCCACGGUGCAGUGUAACGAGCCGACAGUGAGGCCAGGCUCUAUUGAAGGAGCAGUGGAUGUACCCCUACCUCAAGCAAACACAUUCCCAGAGGACUUGGACCACAGGGAUGUGGCCACGUCUUUAAACAGCUGCACAGACAAGCAAGACUCAAUUAGAGAAUCUCAUGUCCGCUUGGAGGAGCAGCGGCCUUCCUCAGAGCCUGAGUCUACCCCAUUUGUCCCUUUUAUUGGAGAUGAACAGUGUCUGGGGGACUCUUCUGUAGCUCUACCGCCUCUUGGGUUAGAUAUGCCAUCUUCAAAGCUGCCAACAACUUCUUCCAGCCCUGGAGGCCCUUCUAAGCCAAAGAAGUCUAAGAACAGCCAAGAACUGCAAAAGGAGCAAGAACAGCUUGUAGAACGAGAGCCACUUGUGUGUCACCUAGACCUACUGGAACCACUUCCUGCUGGCCGAGAAGACCUUCCUGAUGAGUUUUUUGAAGUCACAGUGGAUGAUGUACGGAAACGUUUGGCACAGCUGCAGAGUGAGAGGAAACGCCUGGAAGAAGCUCCACUGAUGACAAAAUCUUUGAGGGAGGCUCAGCUGAAGGAGAAGUUAGAGCGUUAUCCAAAGGUGGUGUUGAGAGUCCAUUUCCCAGACCGUCAUGUUCUACAGGGGUUCUUCCUUCCUAGUGAAACUGUUGGCAUUUUGAAGGACUUUGUAAGAAGCCACCUUGCAGAUGCAGACUUGCCAUUUUACUUGUUUAUUGCACCUCCCAGAAUCAUCUUGAACAAUGAAAGUUUGACACUCUUCGAGGCUAAACUCUUUCCGACUGCCAUAAUUCAUUUUGGAUCUGAGGAGUGCCAGGACUGUUACCUGAAAUCGGACCUGCUGCGCUCUGCAGUUUCCCCUUCUGCAGCUGAUUUAUUAGUAGCCAGAUAUUUGUCGAAAUCAUUAGUUCCUUCUGCUUCAUCAUCUUUAGAGUCAAUAGUUCCAUCUCUAUCUGAACCAGAAGUGGGAGGUGACAAAAAGGCUGAUGAGCAGCCAGAACCGGCAAGCGUGCAUGAAGCUCCGCAGGUGUUGAGAAGGGCCCCUGGGAAAAUACCCAAAUGGCUGAAGCUGCCAGGUAUCAUGAAAUAA